AAACCCAACGACAAAAAAAAUUCCUUAACAAGAGUUUUAUGAGCGUGGUAGCACUGAAAAUAAUAAUAAUAAGUAAAGCCACAGUGAGCCUUUCAGCCAUUUUGGUUUAUUUUAUCACAAAACUGAAGCAACGUGACACGCUGUAUUGUGAUUUUAUAAAGUGUUUUUUUAAAAAUUGAAUAAAAUUAAAAGAAGAUAAUAGACAUGACUAUUUGUAGUGUUCAUAAUUGCACACACUCCAGAAAAAAUGAUGUAUGUAUUUUACAUCGAUUUACAUCGAAUGAAAAAAUUUGUAAAGAGUGGGUUCGUCUUCUAGGAGAUGAGGACCUUUUGGGCCUUACACCACAAAUGUUGUAUCAAAAAAGAACCGUUUGCGGUUGUCAUUUUACGGACGAUGAUUAUGUUUCUUUCAAAAGAAAGAAACUGAAAAGUGAUGCGGUUCCAUCAAUAUUUGCAACGGAGAUCAUUCCUUUAAAUGACGAGCAAAUGAAGUCUUUUAUGCCUCAAAAUAAUGUGGUUGAAUCUAGCAUAGCUGUUCGAGUUUCAGUGGACCACGAUGACUGGCAGAAUAGUUUGAAUAAACGAAAAUCACAUGCAAUUGAUACUUGUGACUUACAAGUUGCUGAAAAUGAUACGUUUAUUAAUGACGAUAUUGAAGCAAGCCGGACGCCAUUAAAUGUGAUUCAACAAAAAUCUAAAAGAAGAUCGGUAGAUAUGGGUACUAUCGCGACAAGUGUUAGAGAAGCGACUCCUAGAAGGCAGAGAACACGUUCAUCAGAAUUAGCGUUUGAAAUGUUGGAUACGAAUUCAACAGUUCAGAAAGUUUAUCCGUUCCCAUUCAAUGAAAGCAGCAAUAUUAACGACUUGGAGUAUGUAAAUAUGCAGCAAGUGGUAAAAAAAAAAAAAGGGAUAUCUCAUCAAGCACUAUUAAGGAGAUUGAAUGGUUAUUUAAAAUAUAUGGAGACUUCACCCGCUGAGGAACUGGUUUCCAAAAUUGAUUCAUUAUUAAACAAUUAUUGUAAACCCAUUAAUUUUCGACGUGUGUGCUGAAUUUAUAAGCACGUCGCGUCACAAAUUCCAAAAAAACAUAUUAUUAUACGCCCUUUUGGCCUAUGAAAGUUUUCUAAACCUAUAAGGGCGUAUAAAAAUAAGUCAUUUCUGAAUAAGUAACGCGACAGAAUGUACGCGCACUUUGAAUUGUAAAUAUUUUUUGAAUUUAUAAUCGUGUUGUGUGUAUACAUAUUUAUAUAUAUUUUUUUCAUUAAUUACUUAAAGAACACUAAAUUGUAAAUAUUUUAUACAAUUGCAAGCGCAUUAUAUGUAUAUUAAUCUUAGCGCGCGAAUUUACAUUUCUUGGCAGUCAAUCAUUUAUUAGGUAUAAAGUUGUAAAUAUUUGAUUAAAUUACGAACGCGCGAUUUGUUUUUUUUCAUCGAACUGAUGUCGGUUUUCUAAUAAUUCAUUAUGUUAUUGCAAGCUAUUUUAACAAAUAAUACAUUUUUUAUAUAAUAACUUUUGAAAUAAUUAUCUAUAAAUCGCGAACAGAAAUAAUGAAUCACGCGUGCUGGUAUGCACUAUAAUUAUUUAAAUUAUAAACAUAUUUUCAAUUAUUCCUCGAGCUGCGAUAACUUCGAUCAUCCUUUUAAAUCAUUCAGGUAAAAAAUAAAAAAACGACACAAUAAUACGUAGCAGUUGUUUCUCAUGAAGAUUUUAAUGUACAGGCUUCGAGUGAUUUCCCUAUAUGAGACAUUUUAAUAUUACAAAUAUUUAUUUUCAAUUAUUUUCAUAUCUUGUUCGU